ACUACUAUACAGCUUGGACCCUGUACGCCUCGGACUACAUAGUAAUGGUCGUCGUUUUGUCUUUAACCAUUUUGAAAACGUUAAAUGCUCAACGACGAACAAACAAACAAACGCAAAAUCCCACCCAAUCUUUAAUUCUUUCCCUAAUCUUCUCUUCUUCGUCUCCCACUCUCUUCUCUUCUCUGCUCCUCUCUUUUCUUUUUCUUUUUCUUUCACUUGCAUUAAUUCCCCCGCCUACCCAUUUUUCUUUUCUCGUUUCUCAUAAUUAUUAUUAUUAUUAAAUACGUAUUUCAUUUGAAAAACUUUAUUGAUUUUUAAUCAUUUAUAUAUAAAUGCUGCUGCAUAUGGGUUUGAGCAGAGACAAAUGAAGCUAAUCCAUUCGAGCAAAGACAAUCGCCACCACCUUUCACUACUAUCAGAAAUAAACAACUGAGACAGCCUCGGCUCUCCCAUUUUUUAUUUUUAUUUUUUUUUCGAUUUUUCUAUUAAUAAUAUUUUAUUGAUUUAUUUGGGAUUCUGGGUUGUAUAAAGUGUAUAAGAAUAGGUAAGGAUCAGAUGGAUCCAAAAGGCAAAACUUCGGCUUAGUCGUAUUAUUAAAAUCAAAAGAAGAAGGAAAGAGAAGAAGGUUAUAAUAAGAGAGCAUAGGAGGUCGUGUUUUGGGGUGUAGAGACUAUGUUUGAGCAAUCAAUUUGUUUUUAGAGAGAGAGAGAGAGAAAAGAAUCCCGAAGCCACUGUCCAGUUCCUCACGGCUGUUAUCUGCUUGGCUACUGCCUUCUCAUCACAUCUACUUAUCUUCUUCAUCAUCAUCAUCAUCAUCUUCUUAUUCUUCUUCACUAUUGACAAUGUCGGGGGAGACGCUACUACUGAUUUGACUGGAAACCCUGCCACCAAUUAUACAAUUAAUAGUACCACUACAACUGCUCAUGUUGGAAGCUCUCGUCCGAGCUCCGGUGCCGGUGGUGGUGGUUCCAAUAGCAGCGGGAGCAGUACUGAAGACUUGGCCUUAAACCGGCGUCGUUUACUAGCAGAACAACAACAACAACAACAACAACAAAGGGUACAAUCUGUAGAGUCUGGAGCUGGAAAGAUGGUGAGAAAGAGGAUGGCUUCCGAGAUGGAAGUCCAGACUGCAACCGCCGCUGAUUAUCUUAGGCUCUCUCGGCGUGGUGUUCCUAUGGCCAUCGGGUUCUCUUUUCCGGCCACUGGUGAUAGUAAUAAUAAUAAUAAUAAUAAUAAUUAUGGUAUUAUUCCUCCUAAUCCAAAUAAUAGUUCUCCGACCUCGGCCAGACCAUCAUCAGUGAGUACGACCGGGAUUAACCCCAACUACUCCACUUUGUUACCCAGUUUGACAAAUCUGACGUCAGGUGGGGUUUCUGGGGUUUUAUCAACUAAUACUACUACUACUUGUUCUACAAGUCCCAACUUGACCCAAAUCGACCCUCUCCAUUAUCAACAUCUUCAUCACAAUAAUAAUCCUAAUCAAAUCAGGUCACUCCCCCAGACCCACCACCACCAGUACCAGUCCCCAGCCGUUUGUGGGUUUUCGGGUCUGCCUUUGUUCCCACCCGAAAGUACUACUACUACUACUAGCCGUGAAAUAAACACUACUACUACUGCCAAUAUUAUUAGUAUCAACAACUCUAACAAUAAUACCAUUCACAACAAUCUUAGUCCAACUCCUACUGCUGGUUCAGGCUGUAGGGUUAUUAGCCCCUCAAACACCACUAGCAGCACUACAACGUCAUCAAUGGAUGAUAACAAUAACAACAAUAAUAAUCACAACAACAGUGCCUCCGCUACGGCAUGGAUCGAUGGUAUCAUUAAGGACCUCAUCCACAGCUCCACCAACGUCUCAAUCCCUCAACUCAUCCACAACGUAAGGGAAAUCAUUCACCCUUGCAACCCAAACCUAGCCACACUCCUCGAGUACCGCCUCCGCUCCCUCCUAGCAUCCGACCCAUCCAACGUCCCCGUUUUCUCUCCUCCCCUGGAAUCUUCACCCAACGACCAGUACUUGCACUGGGGAGGAGGAGGAGCUGUGCUUCCCCCUCCUCCCACUCCUCUUCCUACGUCAACCGCAACCAAUACUGCUGAUGUCAUCCAACAACAACAGCCGGAGAAUCCCUCUCCUGUGGAGGAACCUGUAUCGGUACCAUCCCCGGCGGUACUACUCCGGGAGAAGAAGGAAGAGCUUCGGCAACAGAAGCGGGACGAAGAGGGUUUACAUCUGUUAACCCUUUUGCUCCAAUGCGCAGAGGCAGUAUCGGCAGACAACUUUGACGAUGCGAACAAGAUUCUUCUCGAGAUUUCGGAGCUGUCGACGCCGUUCGGGACGUCGGCGCAACGCGUGGCGGCUUACUUCUCGGAGGCAAUGUCGGCUCGGCUUGUGAGCUCGUGUUUGGGGAUAUACGCGGCUAUGCCUUCGGUUGGGGUUCCGCAAAACCAUAGCCAGAGGAUGGCUUCGGCUUUCCAGGUGUUCAAUGGGAUAAGUCCGUUCGUGAAGUUCUCUCAUUUCACAGCCAAUCAAGCGAUCCAGGAGGCGUUUGAAAGAGAGGAAAGGGUUCACAUAAUCGAUCUUGAUAUCAUGCAGGGUUUGCAAUGGCCAGGCCUUUUUCACAUAUUGGCGUCUAGACCAGGUGGACCCCCUUACGUUAGACUGACUGGCCUAGGCAACUCGAUGGAGGCACUCGAGGCCACCGGCAAAAGGUUGACUGAUUUCGCCGACAAGUUGGGUCUUCCUUUUGAAUUCUUUCCGGUGGCCGAUAAGGUCGGGAAUUUGGACCCUGAGAGGCUGAAUGUCAGCAAGCGGGAGGCCGUUGCUGUCCAUUGGUUGCAACAUUCACUUUACGAUGUUACGGGUUCGGAUACCAACACGUUGUGGCUUUUGCAGAGAUUGGCGCCAAAAGUGGUAACAGUGGUGGAGCAGGACCUGAGCCACGCAGGAUCGUUUUUAGGAAGGUUUGUGGAAGCGAUUCACUACUACUCAGCGCUGUUCGACUCACUAGGAGCAAGCUACGACGAAGAGAGUGAGGAGCGGCACGUGGUUGAGCAGCAGCUGCUAUCGAGGGAGAUAAGGAACGUGUUGGCCGUGGGAGGGCCGUCAAGAAGCAGGGACGUCAAGUUCCACAACUGGCGGGAAAAGCUUCAGCAGUCAGGCUUUCGCGGCAUCUCUCUUGCAGGCAAUGCUGCCACGCAGGCCACUCUACUUCUCGGCAUGUUCCCUUCAGAUGGCUACACCUUGGUGGAGGACAAUGGAACCCUUAAGCUUGGCUGGAAGGACCUUUGCUUGCUUACAGCUUCGGCUUGGAGGCCACCAUACCAUGCCACGCCCACAACUCUUCACUAUUAGAUAACUUUCUUGUUUAAAAAGAAAUGAAAAAUCCCAAGAGAGCUUAAAAGUACUAUCCCUUCUACACUUGUCAUUAAUCUCUCCUUUUAUUAUUAUUUUUUAAAAUUUAGUUGAAGAGAUGUUCUUACAGUUACUAUGAGAAAUACUUUCCAGUCUGAGCAAUGUGGAAGGUAAGGAUAUAUAAUGUAUAAUCUGCAGAAUGAUCAUCUUGUUUAUGAAAGUCAGCAAAAAUUUAAGUC